GGUAUAUUUCAACAAUCCAUACCUGGUCACACUGCAUGUGCUCAUAGUGGCGGGACAAUUGGCUUCUAUUUUCAUUUCCGAUCGCUUGGGAGUAUAAAUGCCAAUAUGAGCUCGGACGAGGGGGGCCCGCGCCAAGAGCGGAGAUUCUGCGCCGUCGGCAACCACACGCUGCGGAGGCCAUUCCGCGAACUGAACAACAAGUAUUUGGUGCGCUUCGCCUGUCUGCUGAACAGCGAAAUUCGGGCGGGCAACCUCAUCUGCUGCAAGUGCUACACGGACCUGGUGCGACUAUACCGGAAAAAGAACGACAAUGCCAAGCGGCAUCAGAUGGCCAGGGAGAAUGCCGCAAGCAUCACGGACGUGAGCGGCACUCAGUCGCAAAGAAGUGCCACUUUGGCUGUGUCCACUUCAGAGGACUCACAGCCCACAAGCCAAAGUUCCGAAUUCGGUGCAUCAUACAGUGAAGGUAUUGUGACAGCCGAUGGAGUACUGCACUCCAAUGGCACCUCAAGUCAAGAUUCAGACAACGUGCCCACUACAAGCGCUGUAGCCAUCAGAAAACGCCAGGUUGCGAGGACAAACAACACGGCGAAACCAUCCCAGAGGCUAGGUUUGGCCUUGACUACGACGGAUAGUGAUGACUACGACCCCAAUUCGAAUCUCAGCCUGAAUGCCGUGAAUGGCACUCGACUGCCUCACAUUCAGCCAAUUCCAAAGAGGCGACCGACCGUCCUGGACAAGCAAUCCAUGGACAUUUACUUGAUGGGAACCACUGGUGGUUAGCCGAUUUUUUGUUAGGACUAGAUGACACGAUUGUUAAAGUUAGUUUCUACGAUUCAUAUAAUUUGAUAUUUUUGUACGCUAGAUUAAAAUUUUAAACGAUGUUUAUCUGGCAGGAGCCACUCAAAGAUUGCCGUUUGGAGAUAUAUUUGAAAGAACCACAAAAGGACAUAGAUAAUUAUUUGCCAGGAAGCACUGAAAGAUAGUGCACUAAUUAGUUUAUAAUUCAACGAUGCUUAUAUUUUCAUGAUAUUAAACAAUAAAACAACA